AUGCUCAGUGCCACCUCCAUCAAGAAAUUAUCGUGCACUUGCAUCCCGCACUUGCGUUGUUAUGCAACUGUAUCAUCCUUUCUCGUGAAUAAUAGUAUUGGCAAACCACCAGUGCCGCCGAGUUCAACCAAUCCUUCACAUACACUCUCGCAGUUGGAUCAAACCGUACUCGCCUCACUCCAACGAACGGCCCAUCGACCUCGAUAUUCACUUUUCGACUUAAUCGGGCAAUAUAUCAACAACUCGGGAAGAAUUCUAGAUGUAUCGCUACCAUAUGAAUCGCGACCUGUUUCGCGCCGGAAAGUUGCACUUGAAGAGAAUGACAACGAUAUAGUACUUGUUACCAACUGCAUCAGGGACGAGGAUACUGGAGAACAUAAAAUAACAGUGUCGUCUGGGUUUGUGCUGGAGGUACCGACGCUUCCUGGCUCGAUGGUUGUAACCUGCGCUCAUACGCUUGAAGAGAUACGUCGGACACCUCUUGCAUUAAAACACCUACGAGAACCUUCGUUGAGGAGUGUACUCUCGGGAAUGUUUGUCGUCACGGGGACAUCCUCACCGAUAUUCCAUACCGUUUCAUCUGUAUCUUCAACGCUCCCUCGUUCAGACAUCCUACUUCUUACUUGCGAUAAACUACCUGUGAGGACCUUACCCGUCUCUCCGUACCCGGCACCCCCACAAACAACCAUUCAUGUGCAUUUGGCGGUGCAUGACUUGCCUCACGGAGAGUAUUCACAAUCGGACGAAUGGAGACCUGGUGUAGGAGGUACAUGGCGCCGAUGGGGACGAGGAGAAGUGAAAGGAUAUCGUGAUCUUGCCGGUAGAGAAACCAAACCUGGGACGUAUGAUUCGCUUUCUCACAUGUUAUUUGCACCAUUGCCCACACCGGGAUCGAGUGGGGGGCCUAUUGUGGAUGAAGAAUCAGGUGCAGUAGUAGGGAUAUCACUUGGUUCGAGGAUGGAUAAUCGAAUUGAAGGAAUUAGAGGGUGGGGGGUCCCCUCAGAAGCUAUUUAUGAGAUGUUCAGUUUGCCAGGAUUAGAGGGUAAAAUGUAG